UGAUACUUGCUUCGGUAGGGAUAAGCGUUUGCGCUGAGAACGGUUUUAUUCUUCAUUUUCUGAGAGUGGAAGUGGCCAUUUUUUCCUGUUCAGUGGAAGCAACACGAAGAAGAUGAACCCUGUGUGUAUUUUGCUGCUUAUGUCGUUACUUGGUGCAUGCGCUGCCCAAACACCACCGGUUUGCGAUACCACAGUAACUUCCUAUCAUGCAUAUCCGUUGAAUUGCAGUCAAUACUAUACCUGUUAUCAGGGUGUAGCUACCUUACAGACAUGUCCGGAUCAAAAAUACUUCGAUUCUACCAGAACGGUGUGUGACAUUCCAGCAAAUGUCCCGUGCACUAUUGGCCCUUGCACUGGAAAUGCCGGACUAAAGGCAAUCACAAUUCCAAAUGUGUGUACCAGCUACACGUUGUGCGUGGGCGAAACAGCAUUUAACGUAACGUGUGCUGCAGGCACACUGUUUGAUGCGGCUUACGGAGACUGCGUAUUAGCAGGAGCGAGCACUUGUGUGGAGAAUCCGUGCCUUACUGUUGAUCCCGCCACAGCUUUACCGACUACGUUUUAUCCGGUGUUGAGCUCAUGCAAGAAGUACAUCAUUUGCGACAAGCUUAAUCCAGUGGAGCGCACAUGCGUCGGAACAACCGUAUUCAGUCGUACCGUCUCGAAGUGCGUAGCUUCCACUGAUUAUAUUUGUCCACCGGGAACUACAGCGCAAUGAAACAGAAAUAAACAAAGAAACAUGAAAAUUCUGUAGUUUGAAUAACCUUAGCAAUGUUAUCAGUUUAAUAAAUAUGAAUAACUGAUUAUCAAAUAAUUAAAUACCAUGAUACGACUGCGUGGCAAAUUCGAUUGAUAUAUGUAUGUUCAUACAUUGUUCUAUGUCUACUGCAUAUAAUGGAUAGUUCCACACAUUUCCGUUCAUGUUGGUGAAAUUUACAAAAAUUGUGAUCACUGCAAAAGACUAGCAACAAUCUAUGUACGAUUACGAUUCACGCAAUAAACAAAAGUUUCCACAUUUUAAUAUCUAUAAUACAUGUAUUAAUAUAUAAUACAUUGAUUAUAUAAUUAUAACAAUAAAUCAAUCAUACUUA